UACACCUGACUAUGACGCCGCACACCCGUCUUGUCUCCGCCCCGGACACAACCACAACGACGUCGACAAGCCGCACGCCCAGCGCACUACCUCCAUCCCGGCUGCAGACGUGUGGCUAAUGCUCCCGCAGUCUUCUCUGGGCGUUUGAUCUUUGCCAGCCAAGAUCUACACGUACAGUCACCUGUCCAUGCCGGAGCUCCGGUCGUACUGGAAGGAUUAUGCGCCGAACACGAGCGGUGCCGAACACGAGCGAUGUUUCCUGCGAUGACGAGCACCCCAGACGUGUGCGUGGGAUCGCGAUCGCGAUGCCGCGAGCGCCGAACUUCCUCAAUUCUCGCCGCGUCGCGUCGUAUCACCGUCGACCUCGACACAAAGCGCACUCGCACAGCUCUCAUGACCGGUACUCACGCACACCGCUGGCUUCAGACAUACACAGCCACCACAAGCCCUUCGGUUUGACGUUGGACUUCGCUCCGCCAGCGGAACCUUGUUGCCCUGCUGCGCUUGCACUGGGCGCGUUGGCGCUUAGCCUUCGUGCAGACACAACGCGCCGAGCAAUUGACCGCUCGGUGCUGUCCAAGGGGGCGGAGGCCCUGUGGCUCUUGGCUCGGCCGAAGGCAGCACUGGUCUCACCGCUGUCAGACAGUGGAGCGAGACAUGGUGCGAAGGUCCGUAGCUAAUGGUGGUUCUUGGUGUGGAUGGGAGUGGGUUGAACUUGUGUUUAGAGCCAAUA